GCCGGUGGAUUUCACUCAGGACAGGAGCAUACACACACACUGGACAAAUGGGAUAUAAGAACUGUAUACCUGGUCAAAGUCUACAAUCUGUCUUUACUACAAGUAAGACAACAUCAAACUGAAAAGGAGCAACAGUGUUUUUACGUUUUUGGGUUUCUUUAAGUGGACACUCAAGUGCUUGAAGAAUGGCUAUCCCCAGAAUGUUCGACUCCAACACACCGUUCAUUGAAGUAAAAGGAGGGUCAGGGCUGUCCUUUGUCGUUGAGGACAAUGGCGUCAAGGGAGAAGAAGAAAAUAACUUACUGAUUCAGACCAUUGCCCCUCACCUCAGCCUGCUGAUGGAGCAUGGCACUGCCAAGCAGGUGGGGACAGGGGGCCAGGGGAACUCUGAAGAGACCCCCUAUGUCUCCAUCAUUGCUCAGGCUGAGGGUGAAGGCUGCCAAGAGUUCAGCCCCACAAGCACUGAAUGUCCCUACUCCCGACCUCACCUCCCCAAAAGGUCCAUAGCCAAGCAAUCGAUCUUUACAAGUGACACUGAUGAAGAGGAAUAUGCAGCUCCACACAAAGUCCAUCACCGUCCCUUGAGGAGGAAAUAUCGCAAACGACAGAAUAAGAAGAGACGGAGGAGGGAUGAAGGGGAGGAGCCUCCGGUGAUCCAGGGUUUAUGGGUGCAGGAGAUUGAUUGGUUAAGAUCGACAGACAAAGAGGCGGUCGAGGCACCUGACUUCUUGCCACUUCCUGUAGGCCCCCAACACACUGACAGUAACUGGAACCCUUGCAGCACCAGAGGCUAUAGCUUAGAGGGCGUGUCUAAACCAUGUAGACAUGGGAGGGUGUCUGAAACCUGCAGCAGCUUUGCCGAUGUCUGUGACAAUGGCUGUGGACUAAAUGAUGUGCUACUCUUUGACAGCCACUGCGGACUCAGGGAAGUGUCGGACUCGUCCUGUAGUUCAGAGGAUCUGGGUGUGUCCGAAUCUCUCUGUCCUCACGAGAGCGAAUCAGACUCAUCCAUCUGUAUAGGAGGUGUGUCCGACUCUGUCUGUAGCAUUAUGGAUGUGUCAGAUUGCCUUUCCAGCAUCAUGUGUGUGUCAGACAACUUUUUGGUUCAAAGGGGUGCAUCUGGCAGCCUCAUGGGUGUGUCUGACUUGACAUCCACCUGCAGCCUGGAGCAUGAGUCAGGAUCCGCUUCCAGUGAAGAUGUUUUAACCAACUCUUCCAGUCACAGUCUGGAGGAAGUCUCCGGCUCGUCUUGUAGUUUUGAUGGGGUGCUUAACAGCGCAUGGGGAGAAUCUGAAUCAGUGAAGGGAUUACGGGGAAGAGUUACCCAGAGGGAUCUGCGCUUCGCUUCAACUUUCUUCAAAGAGGUGGUGAGAGAGGCUUUAGUUGAGAGUGACAGGCAACCCAAUGAAGGCCUCAUGUUCCAUAAGGAACUCAGAGUCUGCAAGUCUGAAUACAGGGAAGGAAAGCAAUACCACAUUCUUCACCACAUCCAGAAUGGAUCGUAUGGUGAUGUGUUCUGUGUGCAAGACAAAUCCACAGGAUUUGAGUGUGCAGCCAAGAGGAUCCCACUGAGUCACUUCAGCAGUGAGGAGGUGAGCACAUGGAGUGCUCUCAACUCUCCUCGGGUUGUUGAGCUCUUUGGUGCUGUGAGAGAGGGAAUGAACAUCACACUCUUCAUGGAUCUAAAGCCAGGUUGUUUGGCCCAGCUUCUGAGAGAGAGAGGCAGUCUGCCUGAAGAUCUUGCCCUGCACUACCUCCAUCAGCUACUGGGGGCGCUAGAGCACCUACACCACAGACAUGUUCUGCACCUGGAUGUUAAAGUUGACAAUGUGCUGUUGUCUGUGGACGGGAUGGACACUUUCCUGUGUGACUUUGGUCUCUCUGAAACCAUAGACAGCAAUUUCCAGAGCACCAACACCUUCAUAGGGCCAGGGUUCCCUGGCACAGAGAGCCACAUGGCACCAGAGGUGGCACGAGGAGACCGGCGCUGUGCCAAAGCAGAUGUGUGGAGCAGCUGCUGUAUGUUACUGCACAUGCUCAAUGGAUGCCACCCAUGGAUCCGGUACUACUCCCAUCCACUGUGUCUCAAGAUUGUCAGUGAACCUGCGCCACUGUGGGAGGUGCCUGCCAGCUGUAACCAUUUUACUGCUGAGGUCUUCAAAGCUGGACUACAGAAAGACCCCGUCAGAAGAGCAUCGGCCACUGAUCUGAGGAAAAGGACAACCCAUGCCCUGAGGGCAGUUGGAGGCCUCUGCUCCAGCUCUAUAAAAUCUGAGAAACAGGUGAACAGCAAGGCCCAGAAUGGGCACACAUCUUGCAGGAAAUCCUUCAGGAUCCCAUCUGCACUUGAUAAACAAGCAGUCACCAAAACGGCAUCCACAAUGCAAUGGGUGAGCCCUUGGAGAUCCAUGGCAGCUGAUGAAGACAGCAUUGACGCAGAGGAGGGACAAUCGGAAUGGAAAAAGUACUCUGAAUCGGAAUCAGAUUCCAUGGAAGCCGGGGGCUGGGAAUCACAUUCAAGUUCCUUCCACAACCUUCAGACGGAAGACAAUGACUGGGAAUGGGAGACGGAUUCUGAGGUGGAUAUUUAUUUGGGAGAGGAGGAAUAUUCCAAACAAAGGGUUGCCUCGGGAAAGCGGGAUGAUGAGAAGGACUAUGAGGGCGAUUUGGAAGAAGAAGAGUCAGAAUGGGAUUCCUCCUCAUCCACUGAGCUUUUCCGUGUCCUACAAGCCCACUUCCCUGUUCUACGGCAAGGCCAGCCGACUCGUCAGUCUUGGGGAUCGGAACCAGAACUAGAAUACCUCAGAGAUGGUGUGACCGUGGGAAGUGUGGCCCAGACCCCAUCACCUGAACCUCGGGACCACCCCCCAUCCUGUUUAAGCAACACUGACGAUUCCUAUAUAGACGCCACAGACAAGGACUUGGAUUGCUGGUCAGACGACCUCAGUUCAGGGGUAUUCUCUUCCUACAACAGCCAGACAGACGGACAUAUGGAAUGGCUGCUCUCAACCAAUCAGACGCAAUCUCACUGCUUUGAAGGUGUUGAUAUAUGGAUUGAGAACAUUGGUGGCGAGUGUCUCAGGAUACGAGAACGUCGGCAGGUCAAAGUAGGCCACGUUGCCAUAGGGAUCAGUGAACAGAUCACAGCUAAGGCCUUCAGCAUGGAGACCCUGGACAGGAAGAUUGUGUCCUUCCAACAGGAGAUCCAGGAGUCAGGACUGUGGCUUCGAUGUGUUCCUGCCCCAGAUGGAUGCCAGCUUUGGAACUGGAGAAUCAGGGAGGGCAAGCUGGAGAUUCGGGAUUAAUGAAUGUCAUAAACUCUAUUCACAUUCUGUAUAUACUUUAUUCAAAGCACUUCCAUCAAUGUGACAAUGAACGUCAUGUAUUAUUAUGAUUUACUGACUUUUGUGCAGUAAUUCUGCCUGGUGGACAUUUUUGGACUAUGUAGGCUACCUCUACUUUUUUGUCAAGAUAUAUUUUCAUGACUAUCCGGUGACCAUUGCUUGUGUUUGAAAUAUUUUUUACUUUUUAAAUAAAUUGUAUUGAUAUGUAAAGGUUUAUCAGGAUCAUUUUGACAGUUUGACAGUCAAAUUGCAUUAGGGUCUGGGGUCCCAAGUGAAAACAAUUAUACUUAAAGGCACGGUAGGCAAUGUUGAGAAGCACUUUUUGUCAUAUGCUAAAAUAAACUUAAAAUGCUGAUUCCCAUACAGCUAAAGGUUUGAUAGCAAAAUGUAAUCAAUCCAAUAUCUGUGGGCGUCGCAGUACUGUCAAAAACACAACCAAUCCUUAAGGUCAGACCGGCACUAAUGAUUGGACGGCAUUCGGACCGAAUGCAGCGAUUGGACGGGGUACUUGUCUGUCUACCUCCUGGCAGGUGUCAGGCCUAGCUUUUGUGUGUUUUGGAGAAGUGGCUGAUAUUUUACUUUGAAUCCUUUCAAACUCGAGCUAAAAUUGCUAAGUUCGCAAAACUUGCCUAUCCUGCCUUUAAAGUUUAACAAAGUAUAAGUAGGCUACUCUGUGGGCUUCCUUUUUUCCGCUUGGGGUACCAUACUGUCAAACUAUUCGCUCACCAGGAUUUGUCUAUAUAGGCUGCACAUUAUCAAGUCACAUUAAUUACUAUGCGGUAGAUUAAUCAGUCCUUGACAAAUGAUGACGUUAGAAUACAGUAGUUUUACCGCAGGUGAUACGUUUCAUUGCAUGUAUGCAUAUGUGGUCUAUGAAACAAGGUCACAUUACUGCAAAUUGUUUAGAAAAAUUGACACUGACUCAACAGGCACCCGACUUAAAUACAUUACACUGUCCACAAGUUAUAUAGAGGACAGUUAACAACAUCUGCAAAU